CCCAAGUGCGUUUUUAACUGUUGUUGGCGGCGGUUGUGUCGCUCUGCCAAAGAACUUUUUUUGUGUGUGGUGUGUCUCGCGCGCGCGUUUUUCCUCCUGCGUGGAGCAAGCGUUUAGGGAAAACCCCCCCAUGUGAAAUUUGUAUAAUGUUUUGAUAAUUACAUACAUAUAUUUUUCAUGCUGAGAUGUUCAACGAAACACGGGAAAAUGCAUACGAAAUCUCGCAAUGCUAAGCUUGUGUAUGCAAGAGUGCAGCCGCAGUAAAAGUGAAACUAAAUAGUAUACAGGAGUGAAAGAAAGAAAUACACAAGUAAAUAAAGAAGAAAGCAAACGGAACGGCGUGAUAGAGUUUAAUCAGCCGUGAAAGGAGUAAGAUACAGACGGUCAGACGCCAGACAGAGACGACUGUCUGCCAAUUGAACGUAGUGCAACGAACCCAAGGAUUGACUCCCAGUAACCACCAACCACCACCACAACCUGCUCCUUUUGCUGGGUGUGUGUGUGUGUGUGUGUGCGCGCGCGAGUGUGUGUGUGUGUUGACUCAUCGCCAUUCCCAGGAAGCUGGCGCUUGCUGGACUUACCCAGAACCCACAGAAGCUCGGAGAAAGAGCAGACAGAAUAUCGAUUUUACUUGUUUCCACUCAUCCGUUGAAGGAGAGGUGAGAGGUUUCACAAUUAAAGCGACGAGUAGGAAGAAAGCCGAUAAGAAAAACCGAAGGACAACAGGAACGCAAAUCUCAGCAACAUUUCUCAACGAAACAAAAGCCAAUCCUCAAAUGAAUUUCACAAGCCAAGCCAGCUGUAAAUGCCCGCAUAGCCAACAUCCGCACCAGCACCAGCACCAGCACCAGUCGAAGCCCACGCUUAUCAAGAGCCACACUUGUGCUUAUCAGCUGCAAGACUUGGCCGGCUACAAUCGUGCCCUGAUGCCGCCGCUGGACAACACCGACUUCAGCAGCGCCUGGCGACAUGUCAACAACAAUUCGACCAGCAAGACCUGCGCCUACCACCAGAAGGCCUCGCACCAUCCGCAGCAGCCCCAGGUCCAUCCCCAGUUGUACCACCACAACACAUGUCCGCGCCAGAAGAAGGCCUCGGCGAUGACAGGGCCGGCCAUAGGGAUGUGCCAGCAGCAGCAGCACCAGCAGCAGCACCAGAGGCGAUCCCGCUCAGCGUCCGCCAAGCCGCGGCGCAAUAGCUCGUAUCACUCGUACGACGAUCUGGACGCCUCCUCGGCGGUGGCCAGUGCGGAGCGCAAGGUGGUGGCCAGCCUGAAGUACCUGUGCGCCUGCACGGGGGCCACGCUGCGCAAUUUGUCGAAGAAGACGAAAGAUUUACACGCCAAAAACUAUACCUACACCAAGCCCACGUGGCGCCUGUGGGGCGAGGAGCACGAGAAAAAUGCUAUUUUCACCGUCUACCUGAAGAAGGUCCGCUACCAUCGACCCACGCCGACGGCCAGCAAUCAGGACUCGGAUGAUGAGAUUUCCCAUCUGGAGUGGGAGACAGUGCGAGUGCGCUUUGUGAAGGCGGCAACGCUGGCCCGCCUCGUGGAGGCCUUGGCCACAGACGACGGGGAGCUGGAGUCGACGUUCAUCAAUGUGUUCCUCUCGACGUAUCGCACCUUCUCGACGCCCAAGCAGGUGCUCAGUCUGCUGACCCAGCGGUACGAUGCGCUGCACGACAAGCACUUGGAGGAGCUGGAGCAGGCGCAGCAGAGCGGCCAGGUGGAGGAUCCGGCCUACGAUCCGCACGCGUCCAUCCAUGAGCAGCACAAGAAAACUCUAGUCUCGGCGCUGCACGUGUGGCUCGAUGGAUUUCCAGAGGACUGGCACGAGGACAAUCUGCAGCAAAUCCUGGCGUUCGCCACCAAGCGGCUAAAGCGUUCCGAUCUGCACAUCAAGGUGCUCAAUCGUCUGGAGCGUCUCAUCCGGCAGUCUGUCUACGGCAACGGAGGCGGAGGCGGUGGCGGUGGCGGAGGAGGAGGCGGCAUGGAGAACAAUGGCCUGCCCUGGCUAUCGCAGGCCCAGCAGGCUCAGUUCAUGAUUCCCACGCACUACGGCUCCUCGUACGACCUGAGCGAGCAGUUCAAUGGACUGUAUCUGACGCCCAUGGGCCAUGGUCCCAUCUACCGUGGGCCCACACACUUCCUGCAGGCCUACCGCUUCCCCCAUGUGCCCGUGCGACACUUCGCCGAGCAGCUGACGCGCAUGGACACGGAGCUGUUCAAGCGUCUGAUACCCCACCAAUGCCUGGGCCACACCUGGGCCCGUCGCGACAGCGGUGGGUCGGAGACGGUGGUGGCCACCAUCAAUCAGUUCAAUGCGGUUCUCUUCCGAGUGGUCUCCAGCAUCCUGAUUGAUCGCCUGAAGCCACAGGAGCGCGCUUUGAACAUUUCCCGCUGGAUUGACAUUGCCCAGGAGCUGCGCAUGCUCAAGAACUUUAGUUCCCUCAAGGCCAUCAUUUCGGCAUUGAAUUCCAACUCGAUCUAUCGCCUCUCCAAGAUCUGGGAGUUCCUGCCCAAAGAGAGAAUGGAAGUCUUUACGGAGCUGGCUCGCAUCUGUUCGGAGGACAACAAUGCCUGGACCCUGCGCGAGGUACUGAAGCGCGAGGGAACGGCCAAGAACCCCGAUCCGGGCAGCGAUCAAAGCGAUCGGCAUCUGCAGAAGCUCAUCCUGAAUCUGGGCACACAAACAUCCCACGGAACAAUACCCUACUUGGGGACAUUUCUCACCGACCUGACCAUGAUCCACACGGCCAAUCCCGAUUAUCUCACCGAGGACAAGCUGAUCAACUUUGACAAGAAGCGCAAGGAGUUCGAGGUCCUCGCACAGAUCAAGCUGCUGCAGGGGGCGGCCAACACGUACAACCUGCAGGGGGAUGCUCUCUUCGAUCACUGGUUCGCCUCGAUGCCGCUCUUCGACGAGCGGGAGUCAUUCGAGCUGAGCUGCCGGCUGGAGGCACAGCCGCCGGCGCCGCGCAAAUCGGUGGUGAGCACAAACACCUCGCUGACCAACACGACGGCCUCGUCGACGGCCUCCAUCAUAGGCCACCGCAAGACUGACUCCAUUCACUCCAAUUCGAGCAGCGGGGCCGGCUCGCAGUUCUACUGUGAGCUGAACAGCAGCACCAGCUCCCGGCACAACUCCCUCGACAGGGACGCCCACCAUGCCUCCCUCAUGUCCGCCUCGAGUAGCGUGUCCAACCUGUCGCUGGACUCGAGUAACUCGGGCGGCCGCCAGUCCGGCAAGCUGACGCACUCCCAGUCCGUGGGCAAUGGCCUCAAGUCGAAUGGGAACGGGACCACCAAUGGCGGGGGAUCGCCGCACAUCAAUGCCCAGCUGGUGCAGCCGACGGGGGUCACCCCGCAGUCCGCACCGGACUUUUACAUCAUCCGUGUCACCUACGAGACGGACAACAUCGAGCUGGAUGGGAUCGUGCUCUACAAGAGCAUCAUGCUCGGCAACAAUGAGCGCACUCCGCAGGUGAUCCGCAACGCGAUGCUCAAGCUGGGACUGGAGGACGAUCCGGAUCGGUUCACGCUCGCCCAGGUGCUGCCCGACAAGGAGCUGGUGAUGCCGAAGAACGCCAAUGUCUACUAUGCGGUCAACACGAACUACAAUCUCAACUUUAUACUGAGGCCGCGCAAGGACGAGGGCGUGGCUGGCAGCUAGUCCACAGCGGUGCCUCUGUCCCAGUUAUGGUGCUUGGGAUACGAGGGCCAGGAUUGAGGAGCAGCAGCAGCAGCACGGGAGGAGUGUAAAUAGUUUAGAGCUCGAUUCGCACAUGACAAGAAACUGGAGAACGAAAACCAAUUCAUAUUUAAGUUAUUUAUUGAGCAGAGAACGAGAAGGAGGAGCCAGUCCCUUUGAUUACGCGUAGUUGUUUCGACUUGACCCCUCCCCCCAGCCCCAACCCCGUCAAUUAGUUCGUAGGAAACUUUUGUAAUCUCUUAUUUUUCGCUGCCCCCCGCGGGAGUUUGUUCAUAGAAAGCCGAACACCCAAAAAACCGAAAACACACGCACCCACACAUAUUAUAUAGAGACUCUACUGGAAUAUUUGCUGAUAUUUACAUACAUAUGUACAUGUGCAUAUACAUAUAUUUAUGUAUAUACAUACAAGAUAGAGGAGAGAUAUGCCUAUACAAAAAGUUGAUAUUCUAAAUGUGGUACAAUAAUUUUUGGAUUUUGAAAGUCGGUCUUUAGUUUAGCCAGGACUCGUACUCCUUGUCUGUACUUUAUUUUGAGAAUCUUCAAAAACACACACACACAACCAAACACACAACAGAGCGUACUCGUAUUUGUAUAGAUGUUUUUUUUAACCACUGUACGUGUAUUAUAAAUACAAAAAAUACAAAAUACUAUAUACACUAUAUAUAUAUUAAGAUAUCCGAGCGAUAGGUACGAUUUGUACGAUUCGAUCGCCGAAUGGAGUGGAGUGCACAAUUAUACGGCUAAGACAUUUUUUUUGAGUUUAUUUCUACACUUAAGGCCGUCAAAUGAGAGGAACGGCGACAAUUAGUAUACAUAUGCGAUAUACACACUAAGGAUCUACAUAAAAUAUAUAUGUAUAUAUACAUAUAUAUUAACUAUGAGAGCUAUUUCGAAGUAAAUUGCAAACAGAAACAGAAGCAAGCCCCGAAGAAAACCGAUUAAUUUUGUAAAUAUAUAAUAUAUAAAUGAAAUGCGUAAACUUGUGUUCUUCUUCGAAAUAAAUUGUACCAAAAGAAAA